AGUGAAGGGAGAGAGGCGUGUGUGUGUGUGUGUGUGAGCGCGAUGCACCGGGGAUCCUGAGCCUGGAGGGGAGCCGUGUGAACAGAGAGGGGGGCUCUUCAGCAUGUGGAUGUAUGCGCAGCAGGGGCAUGCUUUUUUUUUUUGCAGGCGAGGGUAAAUGCGUGUGUUAGUGUGUGUGUGUGUGUGUGUGUGUGUGAGAGAGAGACGAGGGGGUGUGGGCAUGCCAGCGUGUGUAUGUGUAACAGUGUCGUCGAUCAGCGACGGGCUCUUGGCAUUACGCAGCCGACGGUGCUCAUCACACUUUGAGGACUGACUCAUCCCGACCGGCCGGUGGAGACAAGAGGAGACCGACGGGAGAGGAAGACGGAUGGGUGCAAAGACAGGAGGACAGUUUUAGGCUGUCGAUGCUUUUGGGUCCCCCCCACCCCCGGACCACCCAAAAGUCUACUCCGUUUCUGGGACGCCACCAGCAGCUUCUCACCAGCCUCCCUUGUCCUCCCCACCCAAAUUGGAAUUGGCAGACAGGUGUAGCAAAAAUUGCCCAAAAACCCAUGAAAGAAUAAUAAAUCCCCAUUUGACAUCCAAAUUGCAGAAAGGUUUUAAAUCCAUUCCUGCUCCACGGAGAGAAGAGGGUCUCUGGACGCUUUGGGGUCUCUUGUUCCGUUUGACAUCUUUAUUUUUUACGUGGAGGGAAGGUGGGUUUGGAGAUAAGAGGCUGGCCGACGAGACGGGACAGACGCAGGCAUGGCUCGCCUCAACUGGUGCCUAGCUGCCGUCAUCAGCUGGGGCAAGUUCCUCUUCGCCUGCUUCUUUCCUCUGCGAGGGGCAAAGCGAAACAAGCCCGACGAGCUGGAGGGCGUCCACACACACACCUUCAAGCUGAAGCCGUUCAAGAAGGCCAAGAGCUGUGACAUUUGCAAGCAGGCCAUCACCAAGGAGGGCCUCAUAUGCAAAGCGUGCCGGUUGUCCUUGCAUAGAAAAUGCGAAGUGAAGGUGACCACAUCAUGUCAAAUAACGAGCAACACUGAUCCGCCUCCCACUCCUCAGCUGCCAUUAAAGCAUGUAGAUACGCCGGGAUCUGCGAGGUCCUGCAAGAGUGUGGAGAUACGGCCAAAGCAGCCGGGGAAUCAGAGUGUGGCCAUGGAGGAGAGCCAUGAGGUGGACCUGGUCUACAUCACAGAGAGGAUCAUCUCUGUGUGCUUCCCCGCCGGCGCCGAGGAACGCAGCUACACCACCAACCUCAAGGAGGUGGCAACGAUGCUGCGGUCCAAACAUGGCGAGCACUACCUGAUCCUCAACCUGAGCGAGUGGAGGAGUGACUUAUCAACUUUAAACCCCAAAGUUGUGGAGUUUGGCUGGCCAGACAACCAUGCACCGGCGCUCGACAAGAUCUGCAGCAUGUGCAAGGCCAUCGACACGUGGCUCAAUGGGGACCCGCGGAACGUAGUGGUGCUGCACAACAAGGGGAACCGAGGUCGGACGGGAGUGGCGGUGGCCGCUUACAUGCACUACAGCAACAUAUCCGCAAGCGCUGACCAGGCGUUGGACAGGUUCUCCAUGCGGCGCUUCUACGAGGACAAAGCACUUCCUGCGGCCCAGCCGUCACAGAUAAGGUAUGUGAGAUACUUCAACGGCCUUCUGUCGGGACACAUCAAAAUCAACAACAAGCCUCUGUUCCUGCAUCAUGUCAUCAUGCACGGAAUACCCAACUUUGAGUCCAAAGGAGGCUGCCGUCCUUUCCUGAAGAUCUACCAGGCGAUGCAGCCAGUCUAUACGUCAGGAAUAUACAAUGUGCAAGGAGACAGCAGCACGAGUAUCUGCAUCACUAUUGAGCCGGGCCUGCUUCUGAAGGGAGACAUCCUGUUGAAGUGUUACCACAAGAGGUACAGGAACUCCACCAGGGACGUUAUGUUCAGGGUGCAGUUCCACACCUGCGCCAUCCACGACCUCGGGGUGGUGUUUGGGAAGAGCGAGCUGGACGAUACCUUCAAAGGUAACGGCUCUACGGACGAAAGGUUCCCGGAGUACGGGAAGGUGGAGUUUGUUUUCUCAUAUGCACCAGAAAAAAUCAAAGGCCUGGGCCACCUGGAGAACGGGCCGAGCGUCUCCGUGGACUACAACACCCAGGACCCUCUGAUCCGGUGGGACUCGUACGAGAGCUUCAGCCAGCGCUGCGAGGAUACCGCGGACGAUGUUGUUCACACCCAAGGGCCACUUGAUGGAAGCCUAUAUGCCCGGGUCCGCAAGAAAGACUCCCUGGAGGGAGUUGUCACCAUCAACGGCCUCCCAGUCCGUGAAAACCCCUUGACCAAUGCCGAAAACCCGUCACAACACCCCAGUCACCCCCUCCAAACCACUGACCGAACCCUCCCCGUGACAGGCCACGCCUCCCUCCCCGCCGUCGACCACACCCUCUCCGUGAGCAGCGACUCUGGCAACUCCACCGCGUCCGUCAAGACCGAUCGCACCGAUGAGCACAGCCAGUCCGUGCACGGUGCGGUGAACCACAACAACCCGACAGCGGCCCACCCAGCGCUGAGCCCGCAGGAGAAAAGAGAGCUCCACCAGCUUCUCAGUGGCCUCGAAGCACAAACCCACCAACGGCAAGCCUACCUGUCCACGUCCACCAGUCCGGGAGGAGGUAUUCGACACCUGGUCCCAGCACAGGUGCACGUCAACGGGGGCCACACCAGGCUUGUUGCCGCCCCUUCAUCAGAGGAGCGUGAGACGGAAAUUUUAGACGACGAGCUGCCGAAUAGCCAAGAGGGCAACAGCGUGGACAGCUUGGGCACGCUCUCAUCCCUCGAGGGCCAGGCGACGCCUGCUGACCUCUACUACCAAUCGCAGACGGCCACCAGCAGGCAGAACGACGGGCCCUACCUUGAGAGAGUUGUUGUCGGGGAAAAGUUGAGCGAGAUGCCCGUCCACGGAGUACAAACGCCCACGGCGUUGCAAGACAGGUCUGUGGACUCUGCAUCGCCACAGGGGGGAUACAACAACUACCAGAACGGAGGGGGGAUUUACCAUACACAGUCUUUUGGGAAUCCGCCAGAUGGCAGUCCUGAGGCCAACCCUAAACUGAUGCCCCGGGCCCCAGAGAGGAGCACCAGUAGCCGCGAGGCUGUUCAAAGAGGUCUCAACACCUGGCACCAAUAUAGCCUCCCAGAUGAUCCCUUUGGCCCUCCCCUUCAGUCAACCCAUAGCCUGCCCCACUUCCCCACCUCAGCCUCGCAGCGGGACAUUGAGCAGUCCAUUGAGGCGCUCAACAUGCUCAUGCUCGACCUAGACCCUAUCAACUCCCACAUGUCAAAGUCCCACAGUGCGCCUCCUGGCGAGGACAGCCUCAGUUUGUCCCAGGCGCCCUUCUCGCAGACCCUUGCAAGACCUUCCUACCAAGCAGACUCUGCCAUUCACUGCUACAACAACACCGGGUCCGUCAGCAACUCCUUUCAUCAGCCCCUGUGGUCGACUGGGAGACCGGUGCACAACCAGAGCCCCCUCAUGGAGUCCCCGGGCUAUUCUCCCCAGAGGUCCAACGAAGGCUACCAACACCAAAACAUCACCCCAACGCAAACCCCGGAGCCCUUCUUGCACACACGCCAAGCAGCACACCAUCACCCCACAGAUGCCUCCCCUACUUUCAACCAGCAGGUGGCAGUGAAGCCUGUGAACUCUUACCUGGGAGGCAGGGUUUCCACCUCUCCGGAACCGCAGGGCUCGUCUCCUUUUCCUGGCUACAGUGCCUCUUCCUCUCCUCUCCAAGCACUCACCCCACAGCCAAAAGAAACGUCUUCUUCAUCCUUGCCCAGAGAACAAGAGGCAGAGGAGCAGAAGCUUAACUUGGAGGGGCUGGUAGCUCACCGCAUCGCCGAGUACAACGCUCGUAUUCGGGGCAUCAGUGAAAGCAUGACAUCGCAACAAUCUGACCGCCAUCGCUCCUUUUCCUUCUCUGGGGUUCGGUCCAGAGGAAUGACCCCAGAAGUGACGCAGGAGACGGGUCGACGUCGGACCACCAGCGAGGGACAGUACCAGAGCAGCCAUGAUAACACGGCGAUGGCGGAUUCAUCGGACUUUGCCCACAAUCUGGCCCUCAACCCGGGAGGACAACCCAGAGAGGGUCUCAUGCACAGCUACCGGGAGGCGUUUGAGGACGACGAGGCGGACGGGUUUGACAACAUUCCCGCCUUUGGAGGUGGUGGUGAGAAUUCCCCCCAGACCCCCAGCUUCCCUGUGUCGCCACAGACUCCUUACUUCAACAUGUCUCGCUCCCCUCCAGGUUGGACAAAGACUCCUCUGUCAGCUCUGGGCCUGAAGUCUCAUCAUCUUGGCGCAUCAGACUCUGAUUCUAACGAUGGAGAGCAAGACAAUCGCAGUUUUGGGGAUUUCAGAGCGCAACCAUUCAACACUCUCUCUUCUAGCAGUCCCGUCCACAGUGCUGAUGGGAGGAGGAUUGGUUCUUCGCCGCACAGUCCCGUCCCUUCCUACCCCUACAGACCCGCCUCCCCCGAGGGCUCCCAGGUCAACAUCAUGGGCGUCCACACCGUCCCCGGGAGCCCCAACACCCUCCACCGCACAGUGGCCACCAACACGCCGCCGAGCCCCGCCCUGCAGAGACGCCUGGGCCAAGCCAGCCCCUCGCUGGGCAGAAUGCCUCCUCCGGCCGGCGUCCCUUCCAGCCCUCUGAUUGGCCGAAACGCAAAGACGGCGGCGGGCGGCGUGCCCCCCAGCCCCCUGAUGGGCCGUCGGAUGGCGGCGAGCGGCCACAGCACACCGGACGAGCUGGGAGCCGCUUCCCGUCAAGGGAGCGCCCAACCUCCCUCCACGCCCGCCUUCCCCGUCUCCCCGCAGCUGCCGGAGAAGAGGCACAUGUCCAGCGGAGACGCCGAGAGGACGGACAUCAAGAACCCGACGCCGGCCAGCGGGGUCAGCGCGCCGAACCUGUCCGGCACGCAGACACUCCCCGAGGCCUCAAAGUCCAUAUACGACGGUUAUCCAGACAUCAAGAUGAACGUCAAGUUUGUCCAGGACACCUCCAAGUUCUGGUACAAGCCGGACAUCACCAGAGAGCAGGCCAUCAACGUGUUGAAGGACAGGGAGCCCGGCGCGUUCGUCAUAAGGGACAGCCAUUCCUUCAGAGGAGCCUACGGGUUGGCCAUGAAGGUAGCCUGCCCGCCACCAACCCUCCAACAGAACAAAAAAGUUGGUGACAUGACUAACGAGCUGGUGAGGCACUUCCUGAUUGAGACGAGCCCCAAAGGCGUCCGCCUGAAGGGUUGUCCCAACGAACCCUACUUUGGUUGUCUUUCCGCUCUGGUGUACCAGCACUCGAUGACUCCGCUGGCUCUGCCCUGCAAGCUGAUGAUCCCCGCCAAAGACCCAAACGAAGAGGCGCUGGAGCUCGUCACUCCUACCGAUGCAGUUGUUGAACUUCUGAAGCAGGGAGCAGUUCAGAAGGUCCCAGAGGACGCCCACGCGUGCAACGUUCUCUACAUCAACUCCGUGGACAUGGAGUCUCUCACGGGGCCUCAGGCCAUUGCCAAGGCGAUCAGUCAGACGCUGGCCACCAACCCUCUGCCCGUCGCGACCACCGUGCACUUCAAAGUGUCCACGCAGGGCAUCACGCUCACCGACAGUCAGAGGAAACUUUUCUUCCGGCGACACUAUCCCAUCAACACGGUGACCUACUGCGACACUGACCCCCAGGACAGAAAAUGGGGGAAAGAAGGAGGUGGCUCAGUGAGGCUGUUUGGCUUCGUGGCGAGGAAGCAAGGAAGCACAACAGACAAUGUCAGCCACCUGUUCGCUGAGCUGGACCCCGAUCAGCCCGCCUCCGCCAUCGUCAGCUUCGCCUCCAAAAUGAUGAGGCGGUGAAGCCCACGCCGUCCGAAUGGCAGAGGCCAUUUUCAAAUCUUUUUUCCGCCAGGAAAUGAAGUUCUUUUUAUUUAUUUUUUAGUUUCCCCUUAGUUUGUUUCCCUUCUCUCCCCUUUUCUCUCUGCCUUGCUGGUUUGUCUCGACUUUGGACAUUUUUGGACGAGUCUCUACUUGAGGGAUUUGGUGUGGAUCCAGAGUGGCUCCGGUGGAAGUGUGCCGUGGGACUGUGAACGUGACAGACGUGGAGGCCGUUGAAGGGAGGAAAUGUACCAACAGGGCAACCUGUGCUAGAAUAAAGGCUAGUUAAAGACUGAAGGAACAAUGCAAAGUUCAGUCGAGGAACACGAAAGGCCCUGUGUGUUUCAGGGUUUUCCUUUGUCGAUUUAAUUGAUUGAUUUACCAAAGGUAGUUGUACGAAAGACGUAGCUAUUAAGCCAUUAUUAUUUCCUCUUUUCAAAAGACGAAGUCUCGAACAACAAAAGAAAAAAAAAAGAAAAGAAAUACAGUUUCUUCUUGAAUUUGUCUUCAGGAAAAAAGUUGGCCUUAAUGGCUUUUAGCAAAACAGUGUCUGAAGACGUUAUGCAUGUUAGCUUGAUCUGUAAGCUUGGUUCUUCCACCUUCCACAGAAAUCAUUGUGAACUCCUGGGAGUGGUCAUUUCUCGGGUCUGUUGUGUGUUGGAAAGGGCUCUGCAGUAAAACAAAGACUGAUUUUAACUGCGCAUAGCAAACCAGACUUUCAAAAAAAAAAAAAAAAAUAGAAAAGCCACGCUAAAGGACCGCACCGCGUGUCGAUGCACACUCGCAUCACUCUCUCUCUCUCUCGCUCACCUCCAAAACUCGCCCGUUGGAUUCCUGCCAUCACUAAGCUCCUGAUAGCAUGGCAGUCGGAGAGAGGAGGGCCGUUCGGCCACAUGGUGGCGCCGCUCCUUCAGGCUUGGGCCCUCUCCCCCAGAGCGUCGCGUCGACUUGCCCGUCGCCAACCGCUUGCAGUAGUGGAUCUGUUGAUAGACGCUGCCAUUAAAACACACUGGAAAUCACCAGGGACUGGCCCGACCAGCUGGACCUAUGCACUGUUCUUUAUGCAUGUUGCACCCUCCAUCAUAGCUCCAUCCAACAUCACUGAAAACAUUCUAUGCUCUGUGCUAAAAAUGACUGUAAAACCUUCAGGCAAGUCCACUGAGGUUGUAUGACUUGUCAAAGACUGCAUGAAAUAGACAACAUUUUUGUACUCUUCUCAGAGUCCUGAGGAUAAUUAGACAACCCGUUGCUGAAGUAGUCACAUGAUGGCGAGAUGCUAUAUUUUUACUUUCUUUAUGUUUGGUUCAUUUGAGCCGGGGUUACCUUUCACUGAAUCGAGGACUGUUCGGUCCUUGUUUUUCCUUCCGUCAAAAUUUACAUUUAGAUACCUUUUAAGGGCAAAGAAGUAGAAAAAAAGGAGUUUCCACACUGUGCGCAAUAUGCCUGCUUGUUGAAUACGUCCUCAACCAUUCACAAUAAGCUAAGGAAAAUUGAUACAAAUGUACAUAGAUAUACUACUUUGAAAGGUGACAUAGCGAAAAAGUAUUUAUUUUUGUUGCUUUGGUCCCUCAUGAUUACUCAUAUAUACAUAUAUUGUACAGUAAAGAAGAUUACCUAAUGGGUUGAGAGAAAAAAAAGAUAUACUUAUUUUGGCUAAAGAUUUCAAAGUCUGACGAUUUUGAGACGUGUUUGAAUAUAUGGUGUACAUUACUUUGUACAUGUACAUGUUUGUUUUGGGCUCGUCAUGUUUUGUUUUUCUUCAUGUUUGCGUUCUCUCAGAACGAGGAAGGGCAUGGAUGAGAUAGAAGCGUCUGAUUUGCAUGGACAGAAGCAUUUGAGUGUAUUUCCGCCGCAGGAACGAGCUCUUAGAAGCAAAUGCGUUGUAGCUGAUAGAUUAUGUUGAUUUUAGAAAAAGGGAAGCACGAAAAAGUUCAGAAGCCAACCUCAAAUGCAAUAUGAAAAACAGCCCGUAUGCACCCAUGACAGUUCCAUUUAUCAUUUUGCCAAAGAUUCAAACAGUUGAUGCUGCAUUUUGUCUUUUUUUAGGUUGAACCGCCGCUCCACCUUUGUGUUCCACGCUUUCCACACUUCGGUCAGUUUUAGGAGCAGAUAUAAGAACGCAUGUCGUUGGUCAUGGAACCGAGAACGAGGGGCCCUUGUGUUUGCACGGCGGGACCUUCCGCUGCAGAUGACUUUAAAUCAAUUGUUUGGUUUUUUUUACUGACGUCUCAAUGUUCCAGAAAUGGGCCGAACGCGAACUACUUGGUAGCGUGUAAACAAAGCUGUUCGACGCGUUUCACUGAAGCUCCACAGCUGCAGCGCCGUCAGACUGUCAAAGGUGUCCUCUCUCGAAAAAGUCACUGAUUUAUUUAUUCUUAUUUAUUCUUAUUUCUUCUAUAAAUCUUAGCAGUUUUAAUGGUCAGUGUCAAAGAAACGGAGGAACGUGCGCUUCUUUGAAAGCAGAGAGGUACGUUGCACCUACACCGACUACGAACGAGUAGCUUUGUGGCAAUUUUAGUCAUUUUGAGAAGAGAAAGAAAAAAUGAACAAAAUAAAAAAUCUAAAAUUGCAUUUUACCUUUUGGCUUUGGGUCAAAAGUUACCUUGUUUCAGUGAAAAAGAAGAGACUUGUGACCCCGAUGUACCGAUGGGACUUGUAUGAAUGUGAUACUAUGAAUGUACAAAAGGGUCUCGGAUUUUGUUUGCGCUUUUCAUUUUCAUUAUAUUGUCAUGGCUAACCUGUUCCUAAGGAGAAAAAAAAAACAUUAAAGCAAUACAGUUACAUCAA